AUGGCCAGGAGUCCAGCAACCCCCCGUUGGGCACUUUUGCUCUCCUUGGUCAUUCUCAUCGGAUGCAUGGUCGUCCCCGGUUUUGCUGUCAAGCGCAAAGAUUUCAAAACUUGUGAGCAAUCCGGAUUCUGCAAACGAAACCGAGCCUACGCCGACAACGCCUCCUCCCAGGGAACGUCGUGGAGCUCCCCCUACGAACUCGACCCCGCUACUGUGCAUUUCAAGGAUGGCUUGCUAACGGGUGUCAUCGUCAAAACAACCACCGCCAAUGAUAAGGUCCGGCUACCUCUCACUGUUUCCUUGCUUGAAUCGGGAGCUGCCCGCAUCCUGGUAGACGAAGAGAAGCGGCUGCAGGGUGACAUUGAGAUGCGACAUGGCAGCCAAGCCAACAAGAAGCGAUAUGACGAAGCUGAACAAUGGACCAUUGUAGGUGGCUUGGAAGUCAGUAAAUCAGCCACCUUGAAUGCCCAGAGUGAGACUGGCUUUACCAACAUUCUGUACGGACCCGGGGACAAAUUCCAAGCGGUCGUCCGUCAUGCGCCAUUCGGGAUCGACUUUCAAAGAGAUGGAGAAACACAUGUUCAAUUGAACCAUCGAGGAUUGUUGAACGUGGAGCAUUGGCGAGCCAAGGUGGAUGUCCCGGAAGGCGAAUCUGCGGAGGAUGAGAGUACCUGGUGGGAGGAGACUUUUGGAGGCAACACUGACUCCAAGCCAAGGGGCCCUGAGAGCAUUGCCCUCGAUGUCACUUUUCCCGGAUAUAACCAUGUAUUUGGUAUUCCUGAGCAUGCAGACUCGCUCUCACUAAAGGAGACUCGCGGCGGACCUGGCAAUCACGAGGACCCUUACCGUCUCUACAACUCGGAUGUUUUCGAAUAUGAGCUUGAAAGCCCGAUGACUCUGUAUGGAGCCAUCCCUUUGAUGCAGGCCCACCGCAAGAAUUCAACAGUUGGUGUCUUCUGGCUGAAUGCUGCCGAAACCUGGAUCGAUAUUGUCAAAUCAACUGUUUCUUCCAACCCCCUUGCUUUGGGACACAGCUCGAAAAAGAACACCCACACCCAUUGGAUCUCUGAGUCUGGUCGGAUUGAUUUAUUUGUCUUCCUCGGACCCUCUCCAAAUGAUAUCAGUAAAACCUACGGUGAGCUCACCGGAUAUACGCAACUGCCUCAGCAAUUUGCCAUUGGGUACCACCAGUGCCGCUGGAACUAUGUCACAGAUGAGGAUGUCAAGGAAGUCAAUGCCAAGUUUGACAAGUACCAAAUCCCCUACGAUGUGAUCUGGCUUGAUCUUGAAUACACGGACGACCGGAAAUAUUUCACUUGGGACCCCCUCACUUUCCCCGACCCCAAGGGCAUGCAACAAAAGCUCGACGAAACAGAACGAAAGCUGGUGGUGUUAAUUGACCCUCACAUCAAGAAUGCGGACAAGUACUUCGUCUCCGAGGAGCUUAAGAGCAAGAACCUCGCCGUGUUGAACAAAGAGGGCGAAAUUUACGAUGGAUGGUGUUGGCCUGGAUCCUCGAACUGGGUUGACUGCUUUAAUCCCGCUGCACACGCUUGGUGGGCCACCCUCCACAAGUUUGACAAGUUCAAGGGAUCUCUUCAGAAUCUUUUUAUUUGGAACGAUAUGAACGAGCCCUCUGUUUUCAAUGGACCAGAUAUGACCAUGCCCAAGGACAACCUGCACUACGGAAACUGGGAGCACCGUGACAUUCACAACCUCAAUGGUCUAACCCUUUUAAAUGCUACAUACAAAGCAAUGUUGGAGCGUAAGAAGGGCGAGGUUCGCAGGCCGUUUAUCCUGACGCGCUCGUACUACUCUGGUGCUCAGCGGGUGUCUGCUAUGUGGACUGGAGACAAUCAAGCUACCUGGGAGCACCUAGGAGCCACCAUUCCAAUGGUACUGACCAACGGUAUCGCGGGAUUCCCAUUCGCAGGCGCAGAUGUUGGUGGGUUCUUCCACAACCCCGGCAAAGAUCUUUUGACACGCUGGUACCAGACAGGUAUCUGGUACCCCUUCUUCCGAGCCCACGCUCACAUCGAUACUCGUCGCCGCGAGCCGUAUCUGAUCAGUGAACCACACCGAUCUUACAUCGCCCAGGCCAUUCGCCUGAGAUACCAGCUCAUGCCUGCUUGGUACACAGCCUUCCACGAAGCUUCAGUAAACGGCACGCCGAUUGUGCGGCCGCAAUACUACGUCUUCCCCGAAGAUGAACAAGGCUUUGCCAUCGACGAUCAGCUGUAUCUUGCCUCCACCGGUCUUCUCGUAAAGCCCGUUGUGCAAGAAAACAAGAACAGUGUUGACGUAUACAUUUCAGAUGACGAAAAGUACUAUGACUACUUUGAUUUCACCGUCUACCAAGGCGCUGGCAAGAAACACACUGUCCCCGCACCUGAAGAAAAGGUACCUGUGUUGAUUCAAGGUGGUCACAUCAUUCCCCGCAAAGACCGCCCACGCCGCAGUACCGGACUCAUGCGAUGGGAUCCUUAUACAUUGAUCAUCACCCUCGACAGGAACGGGGAGGCUGAGGGAACCCUAUACGUAGACGAUGGCGAGACCUUCGACUACGAGCGAGGAGCGUACAUUCACCGCCGCUUCGGCUACCGUGAAUCGGCCCUGUCUUCCGAGGAUAUUGGGACGAAGGGCCCCAAGACAGCCGAGUACCUCAAGACAAUGGCCGGCGUUGAUGUCGAGCGCGUGGUGGUUGUUGAUCCCCCUGCCGAAUGGAAGGACAAGAAGACUGUCACCGUGAUUGUAGAUGGAGCUAAAUCUGGCUCCACUGCCUCGCUCGAGUUUUACGAGCAAGAGGGCGGGAAGGCCUCAUAUGCCGUGGUGAAGAAGCCCAACGUUGGCAUUGGCAAGACUUGGCGCAUUGAGUUUUGA